AUGGAUCCCCCAGGAUGUGAGCUGGCUGCCCUGCCCAGCAAGCUCUUCACCCCCACAGCUGCUAACAGCCACUUGACCUUAGGCCUGCUGAAGCCUGAAAGAGCCAAGAUAGUGGCCAGCAGGAGGCUGAUGAAGGAGCUUGAAGAAAUCCAUGAAUGUGGAAUGAAAGACUUCCGUAACAUCCAGGUUGAUGAAGCUAAUUUAUUGACUUGGCGAGGGCUCUUUGUUCCUGACAACCCUCCAUAUGAUAAGGGGGCUUUCAGAAUGGAAAUCAACUUUCCAGCAGAGUACCCACUCAAACCACCGAAGAUCACAUUUAAAACAAAGAUCUAUCACCCGAACAUCGAUGAAAAUGGGCAGGUCUGUCUGCCAGGAAUUAGUGCUGAAAACUGGAAGCCAGCAACCAGAACCGGCCAAGUAAUCCAGUCCCUCACAGCACUGGUGAACGAUCCCCAGCCUGAGGACCCACUUCGGGCUGACCUAGCUGAAGAAUACUCUAAGGACCAUGAAAAAUUCUGUAAGAACGCUGAAGAGGUUCCAAAGAAAUACGGGGAGAAGCGACCUGUGGACUACUCUGCCGCAACGGAUUCCAGCGAGUGUGAGCGGAGACCCCGCAAAGCAGGACUCUGCGGAAAAUCGACACGUGCCGCUGCCUGGCGUUUGCUUGUGGCAG